AUGGCCAAGAUGGCGGAGGCCGGCGAGGACGCGUUCAGGAAAAUAUUCAAGUUUUAUAAAAGUCGGAAUCCUCCGCCCGAUCUGACCGAUGUCAUCGACUUCAGGUGCAGGGACCCGCGAGGACAGGUGGUUGCAGCUCCGCUAGACACCGCGGCGGUGAGUGACGAGGACGCCGCCCGGGUCGGACUGAGGCCGGUCCGGGACUGGAGAGCCUUCGGCCUGCGGGGCCACCCAGGGUUGGUGCUGGUCUCCGACCCGUUCCUGCCGGGCCGCCAGGCCUUCUGGGUCCGGCAGAGCCUGAAGUCGUUUCCACGGAAACCAAACGUCUGCAACCUGGACCUGCACCUGGACCCGGAGGAGACGCGGGACAUCUGGGGACGGAGCGCCCACAUGCUCAGUUCUUCCUCUUCUGGAAAGAGACGACCCAAGACUCUGUUGGAGAAACUGCGUUGGGUCACAUUGGGAUAUCAUUAUAACUGGGACACCAAGACCUACUCCUCCAGCCAUCACACCCCGUUCCCUCCGGACCUGCAGGAUCUGUCCGUCCGGGUCGCCGCCGGUACCGGGUUCCCCGGGUUCCGGGCCGAGGCCGGGAUCCUCAACUACUACCGGGCCGACUCGUCCCUGGGGAUCCACCUGGACGAGUCGGAGCUGGACCACAGCCGGCCACUGCUGUCCUUCAGCUUCGGCCAGUCGGCCAUCUUCCUUUUGGGCGGGACCCGCCGGCAGGAUCCGCCCACCGCCAUGUUCCUGCACAGCGGAGACGUGAUGGUGAUGUCGGGGCCGAGCCGGCUGCUGUACCACGCCGUCCCGCGGAUCCUCCCGGGCCUGGAGGGGUCCGACCUGGACCUGGACCUGGUCCCGGGGGGGUCGGACCUGGACCUGCUGGAACCCGUCUCCCAGCAGGACUGGGCCGUCUGCUCCAGCUACCUCCAGACCUCCAGGGUCAACAUGACCGUCAGGCAGGUGCUGGCGCCGGGACAGAAACUCCCGGAGGCUCCGCCCCCUGGAGGUCAGGGGUCAGACGGAGGUCAGGGGUCCGACGGAGGUCAGAGGUCAGACGGAGGUCAAAGGUCAGACGGAGGUCAGGGGUCAGACGGAGGUCAGGGGUCAGACGGAGGUCAGGGGUCAGGCGGCUACGGCGACGGAGCAGAAGAUGGAGACAGGAUGAAGAGCAGGAGGAGUAGCGGCGGGAACUCUGUUGCCGUGGAAACGUGAAGCUGAUCUGAAGCAGCUGGUUCUUGGAGCCGGUUCAGCAGAACCGCUGGACGCCGGCGGUUCUGGUUCCUGCAGGAACUCCGGGACGCCGGGAACUUCUUCAGCCUGACGGACUGAAGCGACUGAAGCGACUGAAGUGACUGCUUCAGUCCACGGAUGGAUGGAUGUUUGGAUGGAUGGAAGGAUGAUUUUAGACUUUUCACUUGUUGUUUUAUUAAAAGAUGGAAACAGAAAACGUUACUCCGGCUAAAUGUGUCAUUCAGGGAAACGUGUCGUGUUUAUCAACGGUUCGUCGUCUGUUUUUGUGUUUCAAGCGAAACCAGACGAAGCUGCUCUUAAACAUCCUUAUCAGACCUGGAAAACCAUGUUUUCAGGGAUCCAGGUGGAACGUCUGCUAGCAGAGACCAACGUCGGAUAGGUGUUACUGAGGAGG